GUUACAAACAACCUCAUUUCACAAUUCAUGCAUGCAUGCUCCACAGCACCAUUAGCAGCUGAAGGUGUGUUGAAUACUAGUUUCAAUUUCCUUGUAACUUCACUCUGCUCGGCUGUUAUGUAAUUUCUGCUAAGUCAAAAAAUUUCAGGUAACUUCAUGCGAACCAUCCUUAGUUAAUUAUAUUUAAAUAUAAGAGUAAAAACUUUCCUCUUUUGUUUACUUACUUAAUAUACAUCCAUUUUUAUUUCCAAUGUUUCAUAUGAAGACAAGAGAAGGAAGUAUAGGUCAGUUUGAAUCAAUUUAUUUAAACUUAUUUACUGACAUAAAUUUUUGUGAGACUGUUUGAUAGAAUAGAACUUAUGAAAACAUCUUAUGACAUGUUCAUAAAAUGCUUUCAUAAAUUCUCCAAGAUAGCUUAUACAAAAACAGUUUUUUUUAUAGAAAUAGCUUAUACAUAAGCGCUUGUGCUAUAAGCUGCAAAUUAAACUGUUUAUCCAAACAAGACCUAUAUAUUAUGAGAAAGGCAAACAUUGUGUGUGCUCCAUUAAUAUAAUCAUAUAAUCCUAUACAUAAUAUAAUCUUAAUGCACAUGGUUGCAUGGGUUUGUGUCAUAUUUGACCUCUUAAUGCACAUGUAUAUAUGCUUACAAGUUUAAUUUACAAUCAUAUAUGCUAUCUUCUCUCUCCUCUUAGGACUUGUUUUGUUUCAUCUGUGUGUGUUCACUUAAUUCUUUUGACUCCUAAGUUGAAGAGAUUCCUCAGAUCUUCUUGAGAUGCAAGUGCUAAGGCAUUGAAGUUGAGAUCAAAAGUUGUAUAUUGCAGACAGAAAAUUGGAUUUAGUAAUAAGUUAGGUUUGUUUCAAUGUGGCCAGAAGAUGUUGAAACUGAUGUUGGAAAACAGUUCAGCAUAGAAAAACCAGGAAUGGAUCAAGAUAUUUUGGAAGAAGUAACAAUCUUAGAUGAACCAAUUGUAGCUGAUUUUCAAAGAAUUGUGGAGCUUACAAAUUGUACAAAUCAAGGGUCUUUUCAGUUAGCUAAUCUCACGAAACAUUGGGAGUAUAAGCAGGCGAAUGCAGUUCGCCUUCUUCAAGAAGAGCUCGACAAACUUAGCAAACAAAGGGAGGAAGUUGAGCUUAAAAACUUGGAGCUUCUUAAAGACAAUAAUCGAUUCGAGGAAGAAAGUUACGGUGGAGACAAAUGUCCGGUUUCGAUAUUGGACGAUGUUGUUCAAAACAAGAGAGUUGAAAGUGAGGCCGAGUAUGAUACCAAUGUUUACUGGAAAAAUCGGGCGUUCGAAUUGGAAAGACAGAUGGAGGGAAGUAUUCAGAGAGAGGUGAUAUUAAAGGAAAAGUUGCAAGAAAGUAUAGAGACUAUUGAAAGACAAUCCUCACCUGUGGAGGAACUGUCACAGAUUCUUAAGAGAAAAGAUAAUUUCUUUCAUUUUAUACUUCAAAAUGCACCUUUUGUUAUUGGCCAUCAGGACAAAGAGUUGCGCUACCGUUUUAUCUAUAAUUAUUUUCCAAGUUUACAAGAGGAGGACAUCAUAGGGAAAACGGAGGAUGAAAUUUUCACCGGAACAGGCGUGAAGGAAUUUCAGGAUUUUAAGAGAGAAGUAAUGGAGAAAGGAAUACCUGCAAAAAAAGAAAUAACUUAUGAGACAGAACUAUUUGGAUCAAAGACAUUUUUGAUGUAUGUAGAACCUGUGUUUAGUAAGGCAGGGCAAACAAUUGGAGUAAACUAUUUGGGAAUGGAAAUAACAGAUCAGGUGAGAAAAAGAGAAAGAAUGGCAAAGCUAAGGGAAGAAAUUGCAGUUCAAAAAUUCAAGGAAAUGGAACUUAAUAAAACUAUUCACAUUACAGAGGAGACAAUGAGAGCAAAACAAAUGGUAGCAACAAUGUCUCAUGAGAUAAGAUCUCCACUUUCUAGUGUUGUUAGCAUGGCUAAAAUUCUUACUACCACAAAACUUGAUAGGGAGCACAUACAGCUCUUGGAUGUCAUGAUAUCUUCAGGAGAUUUGGUUCUUCAACUUAUAAAUGAUAUACUUGAUCUUUCCAAGGUUGAGUCGGGAGCUAUGAAAUUGGAAGCUACGAAAUUCAGGCCAAGAGAGGUAGUAAGGCAUGUGCUCCAAACAGCUGCAGCAUCAUUGCAGAAAAUGUUAACAUUGGAAGGAAAUAUAGCAGAUGAUAUACCUAUUGAGGUCACUGGAGAUGUUUUAAGGAUUAGGCAAAUUCUGACAAAUUUAGUCAGCAAUGCUGUCAAGUUUACAACUCAAGGCAAAGUUGGUAUAAACCUUUAUGUUAUUCCAGAGCCACCAUUUUCAGUUAACAGUGAAUGCUCAAUGAAUGAUGAUACUGAAGAUCAAACUCGUUCAACCGAAACAACAGUGUGGAUACGAUGUGAUGUAUACGACACAGGAAUUGGCAUACCAGAAAAGGCUAUACCUACUUUAUUUAGAAAAGACCAUACUCAAAAGUAUGGAGGCACAGGUCUAGGACUAGCAAUGUGUAAUCAACUGGUUGAGUUAAUGGGGGGUCAUUUAACAGUAACUAGCAAAGAACAUUGUGGUUCUACCUUCACAUUCAUACUACCAUACAAAGUAUCAACAACCUGUGAUAAUUCUGAUAAGGAUGAGCUUUCGGAUGUUGAUAACAAUGACGAUGACACAACCGAGGGAUUCUUCCAAUUCCCUCCAGAAACUUUGGGAUCUCCUUACACUUCUAAUGGAUCCAGUGUGAUGAGAUCCUAAGAUUGUAUCCUUGACAAGAAGAAAAAAGACUGUAUAUCUAAAAAAGAAAAAAUGUGUCUAAAUGAUGAUGUUCAUGGUAUAGGAUUAUUCAACAUGUUUCUUUAUUGGUUUUUAAUUUUUAGUAAAAAAAAAAAGCAAACUAUGUAGCUUAAUUUUUCAAUUGUUAGAAGUAUAUGGAAUUGGAUGAAUGGUUUUGACAUUAUAUUUUGAUAUGAAAAAUUUUAGUUUAUCUUAGCAAUGUUGAAUUUUUGUUUGUA